AACAUGAAACGGUUUUAACCACUCGAAUCUCUACCAGGUCUCUCUCGUCUGAAAUCUCUCAACUCCGUUGAAGAAGCUUCUUCUCUCUAUCUCUGAACCUUGUCUCUCCCAUCUUCAUCAAGCAAAUGGCAAGCACCACUUCUCUAACACUACCCUCGACAAAACUAGAACUCCCAUUUCUAUCCCCACAAAGAAAAAACUGUAGCAGGAGCUUCAGCACUACAACAACAGUGUCGUCACCAGUCUUCCGGCCUCCCCCUUUUACCAAUAAAAUCCAUUUUCACAGUAACUCCAGCAGUGUUUCUCAUUCAAUCUCGAAAAUCCCUGGUCUUCAAUCAAAUGGGUUUUUAGUACAUUCCUCUUCGAGUGAUUAUUCAGUCAAUAACAGUCAAAUUGAUGUGGAGAAUAGCAGUUCAUCAAAUGAUGGAGCCAAUGAAACUCAAGUCCAAAGCAGUAUUUGGAGCUGGAAGGGUUAUUCUAUUCGCUAUCAGUAUGCUGGGAACAGAGGCCCUGCUCUAGUUUUAGUUCAUGGUUUUGGAGCAAACAGUGACCAUUGGAGGAAAAAUACUCCAGUUCUCGCAAAAUCUCACAGGGUAUAUUCAAUUGAUCUUAUUGGUUAUGGAUACUCGGAUAAACCAAAUCCUCGUGAAUUUGGAGAUAAAUCCUUUUAUACAUUUGAGACGUGGGCUACCCAGCUAAAUGACUUUUGCGUCGAUGUAGUCAAAGAUGAGGCUUUCUUCAUAUGCAAUUCCAUAGGAGGAGUUGUUGGUCUUCAAGCAGCAGUUAUUGACUCGCAGAUCUGUAAAGGCAUUAUGUUGUUAAAUAUAUCUUUGCGUUUGCUUCACAUAAAAAAGCAGCCAUGGUUUGGAAGGCCUUUUAUCAGAUCAUUCCAAAGUUUGCUGAGGAAUACUGCUUUGGGAAAAUCUUUCUUCAAAUUAGUAGCCUCAUCAGAGUCUGUAAGAAGCAUUCUGUGCCAGUGUUAUCAUGAUACCUCCCAGGUGACAGAGGAACUUGUACAGAAGAUCCUUCUUCCAGGACUCGAGCCAGGUGCCGCAGAUGUAUUUCUUGAGUUUAUUUGUUACUCAGGGGGUCCCCUUCCUGAGGAGUUACUGCCUCAGGUGAAGUGUCCUGUUUUGAUAGUGUGGGGUGACAAGGAUCCAUGGGAACCCAUUGAACUCGGAAGAGGCUUUAUAAAUUUCGACUCUGUAGAGGAUUUCGUUACCCUCCCUAAUGUUGGCCACUGCCCUCAGGAUGAAGCACCUCAUCUUGUGAACCCACUUGUGGAGUCAUUUGUAGCACGCCAUUCAACACCCGCGGCAAGCGUUUCAACUGUCAUCUGAUAAAUUGGCUGGUUCAAGUUCAUAGCUGCCACUUGAUCUACCACACAGGUCAAUGAUUUCCUUUCUCAAGGCUGUUUGUAAACAAAAUAUUCUUUAGUUUAAUGCUUCCGUAUGCAAUGCUUCAUUCAAGUUGGUUCUCUCUAAGAAUCUUAUUUUUUUUCCUAUUUCUGUAACCUAUAGUACCUGUUAUAGCAACAGAAAUUGCAAUUGUUUAGGUUUAAUUUUGUUCAA